CGGAAACAUUGAUACCUCGUCGAGAUUCGACGAUCGUCUUUAUCUAUUUCUUUCCAUCUUUUACUUUUUCACUCUCUUCACUCUUCUUCGCCCUUCAUUUCCCACAUCUUUCUGAUAUGGCAAACUCUACCGCGAAAGAUGAUUCCGCCACGGAGACGGAUUCUAGGACACGACGGGGUUCUGUCUCCGAUAUUGAGUCCAACACAAAUUGCGACGGAGUCGUCUUGCCUCCUCCUCCUUCUGCGGACUUGAGUCGAUUUGAAGAAGGAGAGAAAGUUUUAGCCAACCACAAGGGUCGCUUCUAUGAAGCCAAGGUUCUUGAAAUUGCUUAUAAAGACAAUGAAUGGAACUAUUAUGUGCAUUACCCUGGUUGGAACAAAAGUUGGGACGAAUGGAUAGGUCAUGAUUGUGUGUUGAAACACACCGAAGAGAAUAUUGAGAAACUGGGUAUUAAGCAAGAAGUUAAGAGUGCUAUGGCUUGGAAAGUAUCCAAGAUGAAACCUAGAUGCCCUAGUGUUGCUAGAGGCAGAAAGAGGAAGCAAGAUUCUGUUGAUGCAGUAGUCUCUUCAACGGAGGAGAAUAUGGUUCCUACCGAUAACCUUUUAACUCUAAAUAUCCCAAAAGCGUUGAGGAAGCAACUAACUGACGAUUGUGAAUUCGUCACUCAGAUGCAAAAGCUUGUGGAACUUCCUCGCUCUCCUAAUGUGGAUGAAAUUUUGAAGAACUACGCUGACUGCAAAUUGAAGAAACAUGGCAGGGUAAGUGAUUCAGUAGAGGAAAUUCUGAAAGGUUUGCGUUGCUACUUUGACAAAGCUUUGCCGGUGAAGUUACUUUACAACAAUGAACGGAAGCAGUAUGAGGAAAUCGUAGCUGGGGGUGUAUCUCCCUCAACUGUGUACGGAGCAGAACAUUUGUUACGACUGUUUGUGAAAUUGCCGGAGUUGCUGAUUCGUGUGACAAUGGCAGAAGAGACAUUGAAGGAAUUGCAGGACGAGUUUGUUGAUAUUCUAAGGUUCUUGAGGAAUAACCAGAGUACGUUAUUUGUAUCAACAUACAAAGCGGUUGAAGAAGUGGAGAAGAAAGAUAUCUAAGGACCUCGUUUCUAGAUGAUGAUGGAUGUUACUGUAGUAAGUAUAUGCAGUGAUAAUUAUAUCUGUUGUUUAGUAUGUUAUGCGAGAGAGCCAGUUUUUCGUUUCUAAGUAUAGAUUCGGUCUGUUGUAUAAUGAAAAUGAACAUCGUUAAUCAACGUCUACUGCAAUUGCCGAGCUGUUGUCGAUUAUUGUGUGUUUGCUUUGGUAUUAUAUUAAUCCUCCUUCUAGGGACUAUGCUUAAUAAUACAGUUACAGUUCUCCCUUAUUUAUAGGGUUUCCUGUUGUUUGUGGUGC